AUGGCUGAGUUUCGUUAUAUGCUGCACAUCACAUCAGCAGUAAUCAAUGGCUCCUGCGCAAUGCAAAUGUGGCGGGACAACGGUGGCCACCCAGCCAACCUGAACAUAGUGGUACCCUCCGACAGCGGUCCCUUACUUGCUGAAUUUAUCAUCAAAACCCUACACUACAACAAAUUACCUGACACACACAUAAACCACUCCUAUGCCAAGGUUGUCCGCUGCCACUGCAAAUUUCAGUGUGGUGACUUGAAGAUCACCAUGUCAGAGGCCUUAGCUGACGGUGUCUUCAAAGUUAUCAUGGCCUCGCAUACCACUGCAGACAUGACAUUGAUGACUGCAGGUGGCAUGACUGUAUUCUAUCCAUUAUGGACCUUGAGGCAUAUCACUGUGACCAAUUGUGCAGGAUUGCACCCUGCGCCUGGAUGUACCAUAGGUUGUUUCUCGCAAGAAGGCUGGGAGGUCCGGAGCUGCACUUUCUUCAUGGAAGGACCAUGUGGACUCUUAUGCCCUGCUCUGUGGCGUAAUGUGGCAGAUGCGGGACGGAACGCGCUUAUGAUUGAGUGGGAUCCCAGAUUUCCAAUGAAACGGUUGGCCUAUCAUUCAAACGUGAUGUGGCACCUGUCCGAAGGUUGCACGAAUGCAGAAUGCCCAUACAACGGCGUUGCUAAUGGGCACACGUGCUAUUUACCUCCUACACCAAUGCCACAUGACCUCCUGAGUAUUGAGAGACAGAAGGAGAUAAUUGAAAGACACGUUCUGAAUUACAAGGAGAGAUAUCUUGGUGUCCUUUAUGCCACUGCAGCUGCCAUCCCCCUUACAACUGAGCGGGAUAUCAAUGCCAUCAAUGCGCUUAUCACAAGAUGUACAAUAGGGACAUGGAGUGUAGACACGGCAUGGAACUCUGAGUCCUACUGCAUCAGAAAAUGCAACAAUGCUUGGUUGCUUCAUGAUAUGGAUGUGGGGCUAUGCACUCAGAAUUUUGCGAGACUUUGUGGCAUGGAAGCGAGACAACAGACACAUUGCAAAGAGGUUGAAUCUCUGGAUGACCUAAGCAGAUUAUGUAAUGAAAAUUGUGCUGGGCACACCAACAAGCAUGACACCAAUAUUCUGUGGAAGUCUACCUUAAUGAUUGUUGAGACUCGUCCAUAUGUGCUUAGCCCCACACUCGUUCUCACAGCCCAACCUCGCAUUCUCACCCAGCCUCACAUUCUCACCCGCCCUCGCAUAUUCACCCCUCCUUUGUGCAUGGUCGCCAUUGGCAUCAUCGAGGAUAUCUCACGUGCACCUGGUGAUCAGAGUGCCCAGUAUGCAGGCGCAUUCAUGAAUGUUUUACUCAAGAACCUGCAGAGCAACGUUCUUGGCAGCAACGAAUGUAAAUGUUUUGUUGAUGGGACACUGCCACAAUUGGCAUGCUGGUGGAGGGAACAUUCAUGGGUCCAUGCUAUGCUAAUUGCCUCGAGCCUGCCCGACUCCACUCAUGGUUCCCGUAAUAUGUCUCAUACUGACACCCCAAUGAGCCGCGUGUGCCUUGGACCUCAUGGCAACACAGCCGACUCAGUCCUUGAUGCGUGCAGCUAUAAGAAUAUCCCUGAGGAGAACAACCCACACCCCCUGCGUCGGCAAAUGGGGGAUAAGGCAGAAUAUUGGGUAAAUGGGUUUGGAGAACUCUUGCAUAUGAAGUUCAUGGCGAGGCUCGACUACCAUGGUCAGUAUAGCCACCUGGGGCCGUAUUUCAACUUGUUUGACUCUGGGAUUGAUGUCUCCAACCUGAAGAAGACUCGGGCACAAUUCGAACUUCAUUUUCUGGCUCUGGAAGAUGACGACAGCGGCGACUAUCCCCAGGAAGCUCUAGAUAUGUCAUGCAGGGUGCUUGAUACCCUGUCUGCACUGACUACUGCUGUCGAGGACAGGUGUAAUGCUGGUGUGCUGGAGGUGGAACACCCUGUAGUGUCUCCCUUCAUGCGUGAGUACACGCGAGACUCCAAAGAUUGUUUUGUUCUUGUUAUGCAGUCUGAGCCACUGUUCAGAGACUUACCGAAUGAAGGGUCUGCGACAACACCCAGAGUUUCCCAUGAGGACAUCGGCAAAUCAGGAGUUCUCUUGAGUCCAAGCAAGGCGAAACAACUCGCUCGGGCUUCGGCAGCUGCAAGGAGUUCUUGUGCAGCAAACACUAGCAGUUCUGGAGGUAAUGUGGCCCUUUCAACAUCUAAUCUGGCUGUCAUGUUCAUGGCAUCAACAGAGUUCCUGUGCAUCCAUGACCUGCAUGACCCAGACAACCACUAUUCAGGCCUGGGCUCUCUUAAAGAGACGAAAGUGGAAUGUCCGGACGUGCAUGAUGGUAAUGGACUGCUGAUCCACCCAAGGGAGUACGGCAUAAAGCUGGCGCGUGCACAGUGGAACAUCAACAAGAUUGACAAGGAUGAUGUGUCCGACCGCAAGAGACUUGGGUCUCAAAAUUACCAACUCAUCCUGCGCCGGAUGCAAUUGCUACCGUGCAUGGGAUAUGCCAAGGCAGAAAUUCUCAAAGGCAAGAGGAAGGCUUCAGAGAAGCUCGCUGAUCCUUUGCAUGCAAAGAAGCUCGCUGUUACAUCUGGCCAAGAUGACAGUAUGGAUGAGCUCUGA